AUGGCAGACGACGACGAGGACCGGUGGCGCCGGCCUUGCCUGAGCCAAUGUGAGGAGGCAGCAUACAGCCUGAAUGUGGACAGCAACGACGACAAUAUGGAGUCUGCCGACCACUCCAUUGUUUCCACCGAUGGCCAUCCGGAAAGUGAAUUAUGUACCUGCAAUGGCUCUGUCGAUAUCAAAGGCAACCCUGCAUCGAAAAAACAUACAGGAACAUGGAGAGCCUGCUACUCAAUUCUUGGUGGUGAAUUUUGCGGUUCGUUGGCGUACUAUGGUGUUGGGACAAACCUGGUCAGCUACCUGACAAAAGUGCAGAAGCAGAGCAACGUUGCCGCUGCGAGCAACAUCGCUUCGUGGCAGGGAACCUGCUACCUCACUCCCCUUCUUGGGGCAUUCUUGGCAGAUUCCUAUUGGGGAAGGCACCGGACAAUUGUCAUUUCCCUCACCAUCUUUACCUCUGGAAUGGUUCUACUGACACUUGCAGCAGUGAUACCAGCAAGCAUCCACACUUCGGAGAUCUCUCAUCAGGAUGCCCUGAAUUCUCUCGGUCUUCUCUUGACUGCUCUAGGCCUAGGUGGUAUCUGGCCAUGUGUUCCCACAUUUGGGGCUGAUCAAUUAGACGACACCGAUGGAACAGAGAAGGUGCAGAAGGAGCUGUACUACAACUGGUACUAUUUCGCAGUAAAUGGUGGAUUCUUCUUUGCGAGCACACUCCUCGUGUAUGUUCAGGACAACUGGGGGUGGGGGUGGGGCUUCGGCAUACCUACACUGUUUUCAGUGAUUGGAAUAGCCGGAUUUCUUGCCUGCAUGAAGAUCUACAGGUAUCAAAGACCAGGAGGAAGCGCGCUCACUAGGAUUUGCCAGGUUUUCGUUGCAGCUAUUCGAAAGGUCCAUCUGGAUGUGCCGAUUGACAGCGCUCUUCUGUAUGAAACGCCGGGCAAGGAAUCAGCAAUUGUAGGGAGCAGAAAGUUGAUGCAUACUGAAGGACUAAGGUUCUUUGAUCGAGCUGCCACCAUUUCUUCCUCCAAUGAAACAACCGCUGAUGUGCCCAGUCCAUGGAAGCUUUGCACAGUGACACAAGUGGAGGAGUUGAAGAUCUUGGCUAGAAUGUUGCCUGUCCUACUAGCUGGCAUAAUUUUCAACACAGCAGAAGCUCUAUUUCCUCUUUUCGUGGAGCAAGGACAAGUCAUGGACAACUACAUGUAUGGUUUCUCCAUUCCUCCCGCCUCUCUGACGACCUUCAACUGCCUCUGUAUCCUCAUCUUGGCCCCUUGCUACAACAAGGUUCUCAUGCCGAUGGUGAGUAGGAUCACUGGCAUCAAGAGAGGGUUGUGAGGCUCUGAGCUACAACGCAUUGGUGUCGGAAUGGUUUUUGCUGUGCUUUCUUUGGUUUCAGCUGCAGUGGUGGAGAUGGUGAGGCUUGACAUCGCCAAGGAGAGAGGGCUACUGGACCGUAACGCAGCAGUUCCUAUGAAUAUUAUGUGGCAGGCACCACAGUACUUAUUUGUAGGCGUAGCGAAAGUAUUCACCGUUGUUGGUUUCUUCGAAUUUGCGUACGAGCAGUCUCCUGAUGCCAUGAGAAGCUUGUGUCAGGCUUGCUCUCUUAUCAUGAUCACCCUCGGAAGUUACCUUGUCUCUAUCACGUUAAAGUUCAUCGAUUCAGUAACAGCGGGAAGAGGGCGCCUUGGCUGGAUCCCAGAGAACCUCAAUAAGGGUCGUCUUGAUCUUUUCUUCUGGUUGAUGGCAGGAUUGCAGCUGCUGAACCUUCUUAUGUUUGCGAAUUCUGCUACGACAUACAAGCGCAAACCUGAGUUUGUUCUCCUAGUGUGA